CAGUCCAACUCUCGCGGAUGAACUAACGUCUCGCGAGACGACACUGCCCAAACAUUAUGGACGUCGGUGGGAACAGUGGUGGGUUUCCUGUAAAUAAUAAACAGAGAGCAAUGCUACCCAACAAAACCAGGGGAGAAUUUACCCGCAACCCAAGAAAAGAUUCAGAGGGGCUGUCUGAGUCUCCAGACCUCGAGUUUAAAUACGCUGAUACAGACAAGUGGGCUGCAGAGUUGUCAGAACUGUAUAGCUAUACGGAAGGACCAGAGUUUGCUCUCAAUAAGAAGUGCUUUGAGGUUGAAUUCAGAACACAUGUUUCAGAUAAGAAGUGGACUGAGCUUGAUGCAGCUCAGCAAAGAGCUCACGCCAUGCGCCUGUUGGACGGUCUGGAGGUGAUUGCCCGGGAAAGAAGGCUGAAAGUUGCCAGAGCCAUUCUUUACAUGGCUCAGGGAACUUUUGCUGAGUGCAGCUCUGAGGCUGAGGUGCAGUACUGGAUGAGAUACAACAUAUUUCUGCUGCUGGAUGUGGGGACCCUCUCUGCUCUGGUAGAGCUGCUCAACAUGGAGAUUGAGUAUAGUGCUGCCUGCAGUAGUGCUGUCAGGAAACCAGCCAUCUCCCUUGCUGACAGCACAGAUCUCAGAGUGCUGCUCAACAUAAUGUACCUGAUGGUGGAAACAAUACAACAGGAUGACCCAGCUGACAAGCCUGAAUGGAAAAUCAUCAGGGAAACCUUCAGAGCAGAGCUGGGGUCUCCUCUGUUCAACAACGAGCCCAUUUCUGUCAUGCUCUUCGGCAUGGUUACCAAGUUCUGCAGUGGUCAUGCGCCUCACUUCCCAAUGAAGAAGGUGUUGUUGCUGUUGUGGAAGAGCAUACUGUUCACACUUGGAGGAUUUGAGCAGCUCCAAAGCAUAAAGAUCCAUAAGCGUGAGGAGCUGGGUCUGCCACCUCUGUCCGAGGACAGCAUUCGAGUCAUUCGCAGCAUGAGGGCUGCUUCUCCUCCUGCGUCUGCAUCUGAUCUCAUAGAGCAGCAGCAAAAACGGGCGCGCCGUGAACACAAGGCGUUGAUUAAACAGGACAAUCUUGACGCAUUCAACGAAAAAGAUCCUUACAAGGCCGACGACUCUCGUGAGGAUGAGGAUGACAACGAUGACAAUGACAACUCCAUAGAGGCAGAGACUUUCCCGCUGGAGAGGGACGAGGUGAUGCCUCCGCCGAUUCCACACCCUCCAUCAGAGAGGGUUUCCUUUCCCAAAGGACUGCCGUGGGCUCCUAAAGUCAGGGAAAAGGACAUUGAAAAUUUCUUGGAAUCAAGUAGAAGUAAAUUUAUUGGUUACACACUUGGAAAUGAUACGGACACAGUUGUUGGCUUGCCCAGGCCAAUUCAUGAGAGCAUAAAGACGUUAAAGCAGCACAAGUACGUCUCCAUUGCUGAGAUACAGAUUUCAAAGGAGGAGGAGUUUCAGAAAACCCCUCUGUCUGGAGGUGAAGAGGAGGUGGAGAUGUCCUGCACUGAGCUGCUCUAUCAGGGAAUUCUGCCCAGUUUGCCUCAAUACAUGAUUGCUCUGCUUAAGAUCCUGCUGGCAGCAGCUCCGACUUCCAAAGCCAAGACUGACUCCAUCAACAUCCUGGCAGACGUGCUGCCGGAGGAGAUGCCGACGACAGUGUUGCAAAGCAUGAAACUUGGUGUAGAUGUUAACCGACACAAGGAGAUCAUCGUGAAGGCCAUUUCUGCGAUCCUGCUGCUGCUUCUGAAGCACUUCAAACUUAACCACAUCUACCAGUUUGAGUACAUGGCUCAACACCUGGUGUUUGCCAACUGCAUCCCUCUCAUUCUGAAGUUCUUCAACCAGAACAUCAUGUCUUACAUCACAGCUAAAAACAGCAUUUCAGUGCUUGACUUUCCUUACUGUGUGGUGCAUGAGCUCCCGGAGUUAACCGCAGAGAGUUUGGAAGCAGGGGAUAAUAAUCAGUUUUGCUGGAGAAAUCUGUUCUCCUGUAUUAACCUGCUGAGGAUCCUCAACAAACUGACCAAGUGGAAGCACUCCAGAACAAUGAUGCUGGUGGUGUUUAAGUCUGCUCCCAUCCUGAAGAGGGCGCUAAAGGUCAAGCAGGCCAUGAUGCAGCUUUACGUCCUCAAGCUGCUCAAAGUUCAGACCAAAUACCUGGGACGUCAGUGGAGGAAGAGCAACAUGAAGACCAUGUCUGCCAUCUAUCAGAAGGUCCGACACCGGCUCAACGACGACUGGGCCUACGGCAACGAUCUGGAUGCCCGCCCCUGGGACUUCCAGGCCGAGGAGUGUGCUCUGCGGGCCAACAUCGAACGCUUCAACAGUCGCCGCUACGACAAGAGCCACAUCAACCCCGAUUUCCUGCCUGUGGACAACUGUCUGCAAAGUGUACUGGGACAGCGGGUGGACCUGCCCGAGGACUUCCAGAUGAACUAUGACCUCUGGCUGGAGCGGGAGGUCUUCUCCAAACCCAUUUCCUGGGAAGAACUGCUACAGUGAGAAUCAACGACUUUUAUAAAAAGGUUUCAAUCAGGAGUUAAGACAAACACCGACAGUGCUCUCAGCAUUAAGUUUCAUGUUCUGUACAGACUGAAGGUGAUGGAUGGAUUUUAUUCUUUAAAGGGGAAGGUGUAGAGUUACCAUCAUCAUGUUUUACAACAAUCUGAACAAACACUUUACGUGAUGAACUAUUGAGACUUUUCCCUACACUAAUGCCACCCACAGUUUUGUUUUUUUAAAUGAAACCGCUGAUGAUGAAUCCAGUGCUAAAACUUGCUCCACGUUUGGACUUAAACCCAACCCUUAGCUUUACAUAUACAGGUAUUUGCUCGGUGUGCCGCUUAUCUGAUACAGAAGGUCAGUAAGUUUGACCUUGAAGCACUACAUGACAUGUAGUCAUUUUAGUAAUGUAGUACAUUUUAAAGAGAUUUAUUUGGAAUAAAUUCAACUGUUAUAACUCUAACUCUUUGUUGAGGCAUAAGAUGUUAAGAAAUAUUACAUUCCCUUGUACAUCUCAUGAAUUUGUAUCUCCUUCAGAUAUAUGAAAGGAAUGGGGUUGGGGGCUUUUUAGUCUUAAUUGCUGUAUGUACAAUUCAAAACAUAUAUUACAUUUUUAAUAGUUAUCACGUGAAGAGGACAAACUUCUGUUUCAUCGGACUUUACUUUUGUUGCGCUGCAUUUGAAAAUGAUUUACAUUUUAUUUGCAUUAUUCUGGGUUUUUCAUCUUUUAACUCAUUAGUAUCUUAAUAUGCUUUGUUGUGCGGAAGAACUGUUUUCACAUGUUAACAUAAUGUGAUUGUGAGAGAAAAGAGAAACAUUUAAGUUUCUGAUUUGAGAUCAGGGGUUUGAGCUUCACACUCAUCACACAGCUGCUCUGAAAAAAAAACGGGACAACUCCGUUACAUAACCAGUUUCUUUUUAUUCUUUUAAACUUUUUGUUAUUUUUGUUUUAUAAUAAAGGUUAAUGAAAUGAGA